AUGCUGAAGAUAGUUUCUCUGGGUGACUUUGAAGCACCUGAGGUAAAUCAUAAGGCUACUGUCGGCUUAAUUGGUGAUUCUCCAGUGUACUGUGACAGAAAUAAGCUAAACGAUGAAACUCAGCCGUUUGCUAAGUUUGUACGUAGUUACCCCGAGGUCAACAUUACGCCUGACAUGCUGGCAACGCGGGAAUCUGCACGGACUAUCGGAGCUGGUGAUUUGUUUUUACCCGUCGAGGACAGUGCUUUGAAAAAAAUAGCCAGUGUUUGGCGGGAAAAAGGGUUGACCGAGGCAAUACGAGUCGCCGCUGCUGAGGAUCCGAGAAGAAGAAAAACGUCAUCUUGCGACGGACUACCAUCCGUUGGCUCUGGAUCAGUCGCUGACAUAGCAGCAACCCGGGACUGGAACACAGCGCUGAUCAGGUGCCUAGCUUGGCACCCUCACUGCUCCCGACUAGCUCUGGCGACUCGCGACGACCGUAUCAGAAUCUUCUCCAGCGAAACUCAGAGCGCGGCUGUCCUAAGACACGGUGGUCAAAAGUCAGUCUGCUCGAUGAGCUGGCGACCUCACGCAGGUCGCGAAUUAGCCGCAGCUUGUUGCGGAGGAGUGCUUGUUUGGACGAUCGAGCUCGGAGCGGCCAGUUACUCUCUCAGCCACGCAACAUUUCUGCGCCAGAGGAACCAUGCUCCGGUUACAGGGGUCGCUUGGCACCCCGAGGGUGAUUUAUUGGUGUCAUGUUCGCCCAACGAUCUCAAUAUUGUAGUUUGGGAUGUAGCUAGAGAAACAGGAGUACCCUUGAGAAGACUCGGGGGUGGAGGUCAAUGUAUUCUUAGAUGGUCUUCAUGUGGCGCUAAACUUCUUGCUGCCACAUGUCGGACAGUUUUCAGAGUUUGGGACACUGGAACUGGAAGACCCUGGACAGCUGAACGAUGGACCGUACCUAAUGGCCGUGUAGCUGUUGCCUGUUUUGGGCCUCAUCAGACACUUUUAUUUACAUCAACAGAGGACCCGGCCACGCUGUUUUCACUUCCGCUGCAAGACAAUAUUUUUGAUGCACGUGGUGUUACUUCUUUCAGCGAUACUAAAGUUGCGAUACCACUUAUUGAUCUUACUAAAAUAGCAUUCUGUUCGAGAAGUGACGAGGACGAUGAUAGCGCUAAUGGAGAAGAAGUUGUAGGCGGACGUGUUGUAGCCAUGGACUGGGAUCCAUCUGGCAAAUAUCUCGCAAUAUUAUUUCAAGACAGUCCAUUAGUCGCGGUCUUUAAAACAUCAGUUGGCACUAUUUCACGGGUAACACAAAUUACACCAGGUUGUUUAAUAAAAGGAUUUCCGGGUGAAUAUCCUAAUUGUCUCCAGUUUCAUCAAUUUUUGGAGGACAGUAGCAAACAAAAAGCAUGCUUGACUAUCGCCUGGUCCAGCGGUCGCGUUCAACAGUUUCCUAUUAUUGAAAUUUCUGAUUCUCCCAAAGAACGAUAUGUCUUCACAACUUGGUGUCUAAUUAUACAAAGUCACAUGCAGAGCGCACGACUUUCUAUUUUUACGCCACUUGACCAUACACAUGCGGAGUCUAUGGUGAACGAGGUUGACAGGUGCCUCGACAAAAACGCUGGGACGACCCCGAGUCACUGUAGUAGCGUAUUUUUUGACCACAAGCUAGACCUCGGAAGAAUAUCAGUGAUGGAAAGUGAAGAAGACUUUGACCGGAGCUUUGAAUUAAUUCCCAACACUCCAACAGCACUUGACGGAUUUUCCUGGAGCAUGUCUUCGCCGAUGUCCACCUCCAGCCCGGCUGGCAACGACUGGGACCACAUUACCUCUAACAAUAUUAAUAUCUUCGAGUACCCGCCGAGCAGUCGCGCAACUGCACUGACCAUUGGAAUAAACUCACCUGGCAGCACUGGCAGUGAAGUAAACACCCCCACAUCUUGGACCGGGGAUCAACACUUCCCUGGAAGUGAGUACGGUGAACUCUCCAAUGAUGGAAAUGCCUGGGGGAAUAAUAGGUUACCCUCUGUUAGCUCCGCGUUUUCAUUUUCAAGGAAUUUUUCAAACGGCAAUCACUUUUAUGAUGAAGAUCAUAACUAUCAUGACUUCAAGGGACAUCAGGGAUUUCAGGAUACUUAUGAGGAAGUACCAGCUUCAAUUCCUCUUGGACCGGGAUACUUUGAGGAGCAGGAGUUUAAUAGUCUUCAGGCUGUUGAUGAGUUUGAUCUGAGUUUUAUUCGCGGAGAUCCCACUAGGCUGGUACCUGAGACUUCCAAUGUGUUAUCUUCUUUUAGAAAUGCUAGGAAUAAUGAUAAUAAUAAUGGGAUUAAUGAUAAUAAUGCGGGUGGCAACUCUAUCGGGCAUUGUCCGAUUGGACACUUGAUUGAAAAUAAAACUACUAAUAAUAAUCUGAUGAGCUUCAAAUCUCAGGAAGAUUCUAAUCAUGUUAUUAUCACACAGAAUGAAGGAUUGAUUAUUGAUAAACGAAAUAAUCAAAAUAAUGGUAAAAGGCUCCAGUGUCUUUGGAUCAACUGUGGCUAUGUUUUUAACAAUCUUGACGGUCUUGUCAAGCAUAUCGAGAAGCUACACGUUGAAUCCUCUGCUAAUAAUGGCCACGGAGGAAGAAGAUCGCAGAAAGAUAAGGACAAGGAAAUUGGUAACUCCAAUGACCAAUUUGCAUGUAUGUGGCAAGGAUGUCCCAGAGUGGGACCAUUCAACGCCAGGUACAAGCUUCUUAUCCACAUGAGGGUCCACAGUGGUGAAAAACCAAACAAGUGUCCUUUUGAAGGAUGCAAAAAAGCGUUCUCACGGCUGGAAAAUUUGAAAAUCCACCAGAGAUCUCACACCGGCGAGCGGCCGUACUCUUGCCAGCAUGUCGGGUGCACCAAAGCGUUCAGCAACAGCAGCGACAGAGCUAAACACCAGCGGACUCAUAUCGACACGAAACCGUACGCUUGUCAAGUAACUGGAUGCGGAAAAAGAUACACCGAUCCAUCGAGCCUUCGUAAGCACGUGAAAAAUCACACCGAGACACCUGCAGUAGUAUCAACUCCCCAAUCGUUUACAAAUUCGAGCCCAAACCCACCCAUUCCUAAAAUCGACUGUCAAAAGACGAAAAUUGACAACACCUGGGGCCUAGAUGGCUUUGAGGAUGAACCGGAAUUCGUGCCAUUUGAAACAGUCGGAAGACUACUCGGCGAGGAAGAAAAUUGCAUCACUCUGGACAGCUUAGCUUACGAUAACGGAAUUGAGUGUCAAGAUCUAGAUCCUGAGAUCGAGAAACAAUUUUUAGAUCUCAGUAGCUUUACAACAGACUUUAUAGAUUAA